AAACAUCUAAUAAGUUGAUUCUGAUUUGGUGUUAAUUUUUCCUAUAAAUAUUUUUGAAUUGAAAGAAAGUAACUCUAACCUUGUAACUUUAAAAAAAAUUUUUGUCGGUAUUCUGAAUGUCUCACAUUUCUUUUUUAAUUUCCAACUGCAGGAUUGACUCUCGUAACAUUUGAACGAACGACGUCAAGCGAAGAAAACAUUGCAUCACCAGUUUUAAAUCAGCUUCCAGGAAAGUUUUAUACGCGUUAUAAUAAGCAGCACACUAACAAUUUUCAUUAACAUCAACAUUCAACAUAGGACAUGGCACCGCGUAGAAAACCUCAAAAAAACCGUACUCAAGGGUUUCCAAAAAAUCUACAACUAAAGAAUCCAACAGAUACAACAAUGCCCUCAAACUUACCAAUGUUUUCAUCUAAUCCAACCGAACUCUAUCAAAUCUCUCAAACACUAGAGUCUUCAACAGAUGCAUCUGAUAUGUCUGAAAGAAACCAAAAAAAUGAUGCGACAACAACGUCAGAGGAUGACAUUUCAUUUGGCGAAAGUUUCAUGGAUGCAUAUAUUUUUGUGAUGUUAUUCUUAAUGUGCAUUGGCAUGUUGGUCCAACUCACAUCAGCCGUCUACGCCAUAGUUAUGGGAGUCCACCACGCUGUCUUAUUUUCAGCACUGCGUUUCAAAGGAACAAUCAUGUGUCUAGCUGUAUUCAUGCUUAACAUUCAGCUUGCUUGUAUUGUUAAAACUGCGUUUUAUUUGGCAAAUAAACCGUAUGGCACAAGGCUCAAACCUAGUUCUAGUUGUGAUGAGCUGGAGUCGAUAUUUCUUGAUGUAAUAGAAUUCUUAAUUGACAUGUACGAGACACAUUAUCGGGGCGGAUUUAAAGUGGAGAUUGACUGGUACGAUUUUAUGAGCACUCGAAAUAGACUUGCAACACUUCACUGGGUUUCUGAAACUGCAAAACCUGUUAUUCUUUAA